AGCCACUGAGCGAGCAGCAUGCUCCCCGCGCUGCUUCUGCUGCCCAGCCUCCUGGGGGCCGCGCUGGCCAGCCCCGUGCAGGGCCCCCGGGAGUGCGUGCGGGGCGCAGCCGUGUGGUGUCAGGACCUGCAGGCGGCGACGGAGUGCGGGGCCGUGGGGCACUGCCGGAGCGCCGUCUGGGGCAAGCUCCCGGCCAGGUCCCUGUCCUGUGACCUGUGCCUGGAUGUGGUGGCCGCCGGCAGCAACGGGCUGAACCCCAAUGCCACGGAGACCGACGUCCUGGCUCUGCUGACGAAGACCUGUGAGUGGCUUCCCAGCCAGGACUCCUCGGCCAAAUGCAAGGAGAUGACGGACGUCCACAGCCCGGCCAUCCUGGACAUGCUGCGGGGGGACCCGGGCCGUGCCCCGGCCCAGGUGUGCACCGCGCUCACCCUCUGCCAGCCGCUGCAGAGGGUCCUGGCCACCCCGGGGUCUCUCUCCGAGGAGGACACAUCCGAGGUGGUGGCCCCGUUCACAGCCGGCGGGCCCGUCAGCCCCCAGCCCCUGCAGACCCCUGAGGACACCGUGUGCCGGGACUGCGUCCAGAUGGUCGCCCGGCUCCAAGACGCCGUUGGGUCCAACAUGUCCAGCCUGGCCGAAGUGACCACCCAGGAGCAGUGCAAGUCCCUGGGGCCGGGCCUGGACCUCAUGUGCAAGAACUACAUCCUUCACUUCCUCGCCCCUGCGGAGCACAUGCUGAGGCUCGUCCUGCCCGAGGAGACCUGCGAGAGGGGGGGCUUCUGCGAGGCGGUGCGGGGGCCCGCUGCCGACUCGGUCCCUUCCCUGGAGCCGCUGUCCGCCAGGGAGAGGGACCAGCUGCUGAUGAAGGCCGGCCUGACCUGCGAGGUGUGCCUGCAGGUGGUCCAGGAGCUGGACCAGUGGCUGGACUCUGACAGCACGGAGGCCCUGAUCCGCCGAGGCCUGGAGCGCGUGUGCUCGGUGAUGCCCACGUCCAUCGUGAAGCAGUGCGUCACCAUGGUGGACACCUACAGCCCCGCCCUGGUGCAGUUCGUGACCAAGGUGCCCCCGGAGGAGGUGUGCAGGACCAUCCGGCUCUGCAGCCCCCAGCGGCGGCGGGCGCGGGCCAUCCACGAGGCCUCCAAACCCACCCUGCCCCCCCUGCUGGACACGGAGAACCAGGGCCACUUCUGCAACGGGUGCCGGAGGCUGCUGGGCGUGUCCACCCGGAACCUGGAGCGCAAGACCACCCAGCGCAACAUCCUGAAGGCCUUCAAGGGCGGCUGCACCAUCCUGCCGCUGCCCUACCUGAUCCAGUGCCGCCGCUUCGUGGACGAGUACGAGCCCGUGCUCCUCGCCACCCUCAGGGAGGUGAUGGACCCUCUCAGCCUGUGCACGAAGGUGGGCGCCUGCCACGCCUCCCGGACCCCGCUGCUGGGCACCGACCAGUGCGUCAUGGGUCCCAGCUUCUGGUGCUCGAACCAGGACGCGGCCGAGAUGUGCAACGCCAUGGAGCACUGCCAGCGUCACAUGUGGAAGGUGGCGCCCUUCCACACCGGGGAGCACGAGUGACCGUGGCCGCCAGCGACCCCCGGGGGGCCCUGCUCUCCUUGGCUCCCGCAGGGACCCUCCGAGGUGGGCGCUGUCCCCACUCCCACGUCACAGACGAGAACUGAGGCUCUGGGUGUGGCACCUGCCAGCGCUGAAGUCCCCGAUCUCCAUCUGGGCAGCGGCGCCGUGCGGCUCUGCCCGUGUGAGUGCCCCCCACCCGCCCCCCGGACUGGAACCGACUAGGCACGGCCCCACCCCCACCCACCGCCCCCAGCCUCCAUCGCCCCGACGGUGCUGACGGGUGGGGGCCUAUCUCGGCCUCUGCUGCCCUUCCGUGCUCUGCUGGGCUGCGAGCCAGGCUGGGCGGAGGGCAGGAGAGGGCCGCCAUCCUGGGUGGGGUCCCUCUUGUCCAACAGCUGGGGGUGCAACUGGGUCUCAUCCACAGCCACCGUCACUUGGCUCAGGACAAAGCUUCGCAACCCGGGGUCCCGGGAGCAGCCCCAAAGGGGUGCAACAGGUGUGGGUAUCUGUGGGCCUUUCUGGGAGGGGGCUGGGGCCAUGACCACACCCCUCGAGGGUGCCUGAGCUCAGAGCAGGCCUUCCCAGGCCUCUGCCCACCCUGGGGCCCCCAGACACCCCUCUGCCACUGCCACGGGCAGAGGGAAAGCUGGCGCCGCCCCUAAACAAGGAGGACAUGCACCCGGGGGCCCGCAGUGGCUUCUGGGCUGUGGGGCCCUUCGGCACCGAGCAUGUCUUCUCACUGUCGGAGCCUCCGCUGUCCCGUCUGCAGGGAAGUGUGAGCAGACCCGUCUCACGGGGACUGGGACACACUUCAAGGAGACGCCCAGGAACUUCUCUCCCAGAGACUCGCCUCCCCCCCUCCCCCUAGUCUGCUGGGGCCAGCGGACCAGCGCGGGGUCCCAGGAAGAGCGUGGCUGUGCACGUGCGAAAUAAACCGGAGAGUCCCCAGCACC